ACGAGUUAGUGGCCGUCUUCGUCGGCCCAUGAAUCCCAGCGGUCAUCUCUGAGCUCCGGCGAUGAGAACCCAUGGCUCCCUUCUCACUCCGUCGCCCUCCUCUCGCCGAACCCAUCUCAAUCCAUCAGCCUCCUCUCCAUCUCAAGCUCUUCACCUCUCUCUUCGCAACGAUGAGAGCAACUUUCUCCCACAUCUUCCAACAUUGUUCCAAGCGCCAAGACCCAUCAACAGGCCAAAUGGCCCAUGCCCGAAUGAUCAUCUCAGGGUUCAGCCCAACUUUAUUUGUCACCAACUGUCUAAUCCAAAUGCACGUCAAAUGCUCCAACCUCGAUUACGCACGCAAGGUGUUCGAUCGAAUGCCUCACCGAGACUCGGUCUCUUGGAACGCCAUGAUUUCUGGCUACGCCAGCAACGGGUUUAUCGGAAUCUCAAGGGGCUUGUUCGAUGGGAUGCCGUGCAGAGAUGUCGUAUCGUGGAAUUCGAUGAUGUCGGGGUGUUUGCAGAAUGGGAAAUUGAGUGAGCCCAUUGAGCUAUUUUCGAAAAUGCGGUUGAGUGAUGUUGACCCGGAUCGAACUACGUUUGCUAUUUUGCUCAAAUUGUGUUCUUUGUUAGAAGAUAAUGAGAUGGGUAUGCAGAUUCAUGGGGUGAUCGUUAAGAUGGGCCUGGAUGUCGAUGUUGUUGCUGGCAGUGCUGUUGUCGACAUGUAUGCUAAGUGCAAGAAUUUGAGCUCUUCUCUUUAUUUCUUUUGCGAAAUGCCAGAGAGGAAUUGGAUAUCGUGGAGUGCAGCCAUUGGAGGCUGCAUUCAGAAUGAGCAAUUCUGUAAGGGAUUGCAGCUGUUCAACGAGAUGCAGAGGGAAGGAAUCGGCGUGAGUCAAUCUUCUUAUGCCAGUAUUUUCAGGUCUUGCGCUGGAUUGUCAUGUGCAAGAACCGGUGGCCAGUAUCAUUGUCAUUCUCUCAAGAAUAAUUAUGAUUUGGAUAUUGUGGUUGGCACUGCUAUUUUGGAUAUGUAUGCUAAGAGUGGCGGCCUUGAUGAUGCAAUGAAAGUCUUUCAGUAUCUUCCAACUCGUAGCUUGCAGACUUGGAACGCUGUCAUUGUGGGAUUUGUCAGAAAUGGACAAGGGUUAGAAGCUAUGGAGUUGUUUCGAGCAAUGCAACGAUCUGGUGUUGGUGUAGAUGGGAUAAGCUUAUCGGGUGUCUUCAGUGCUUGUGCUGAGGCUAAAGGGUAUCUACAGGGCUUACAAGCCCAUUCAUUGGCUAUUAAAUCUACUCUUUCCUCAGAUAUUUGUGUUGCGAAUGCGAUUUUGGACAUGUACGGCAAGUGUAGAGCUAUAGAUGAAGCCUAUAGUGUCUUUGAGGAGAUGAAUCGAAGAGAUAUAGUCUCUUGGAAUGCCAUUAUUGCCGCUUUUGAGCAGAAUGAAAAGUAUGAAGAAACCUUGUUGCAUUUCGAUCACAUGUUGAGAUGUGGGAUGGACCCUGAUGACUUCACCUAUGGGAGUGUUCUCAAAGCUUGUGCUGGCUUGCAAUCAAGGGAUUAUGGAGAGAAAAUCCAUGACAAAAUCAUCAAAUCUGGACUUGGUCUGGAUCCUUUCAUUGGUAGUGCUCUUAUCGAUAUGUAUUGCAAAUGUGGAAUGAUGGAAGAAGCACAGAAACUCCAUAGCAGAAUAGAGGAGCAAACACUUGUAUCAUGGAAUGCCAUAAUCUCUGGAUUCUCCCUGCAGAAACAAAGUGAAGUAGCCCAAAAUCUCUUCUCCAAGAUGAUCGACAUGGGCUUGAAGCCUGAUAAUUUUACCUACGCCACAGUUCUCGACACAUGUGCAAACCUAGCUAUGGUAGGUUUAGGGAAGCAAAUGCAUGCUCAGAUCAUCAAGCAAAAACUAAAGGAUGAUAUAUUCAUAUCAAGCUCUCUUGUAGACAUGUAUGCUAAAUGUGGGCAUUUGCCCGAUUCUCUGUUGAUUUUCGAAAAGAUGCUGGAAAGGGAUUUUGUAUCGUGGAAUGCCUUAAUCUGCGGUUAUGCACAUCAUGGACUCGGAUCAGAGGCGAUCAAAAUGUUCGAACAAAUGCAAUUAGAAAACAUUAAACCAAACCAGGCUACAUUUAUAUCAGUGCUGCGUGCAUGUGCACAUGUAGGUUUGGUUGAUGAAGGCAUACAUUACUUUGAUCUGAUGACCAAGUACUACACAUUAGAGCCUCAGAUUGAGCAUUAUUCCUGCAUGGUGGAUAUCAUCGGGCGCGCGAAGGGCAUCCACGAAGCAUUGGAGCUUAUCAAUAGCAUGCCCUUUGAGCCUGAUGAUGUGAUAUGGAGAACACUCCUCAACGUUUGCAAGAUCCAUGGAAAUGUCGAGAUGGCUGAAGUAGCGGUUGCCAACAUACUUCGCUUGGAUCCUCAGGAUUCUUCAUCGUAUAUUCAUCUUUCGAAUAUAUAUGCAGAGGUAGGGAGAUGGGGGGAUGUUUCAAAGUUGAGGAGGAUAAUGAAAGAGAGUAGGAUGAAAAAAGAGCCUGGGUGUAGUUGGAUAGAGGUAAUGAGUGAUAUGCAUACUUUUCUUGUGGGAGAUAAGGCUCACCGAAAAUGUAGGGAGAUAUAUGAGAUGUUGGACUAUUUGAUUGGAGAGAUGAAGUGGACUGGGUAUGAGCCUGAUAUAGAGUUGUUUUGUGAUGAUGGUGAAGAGGAGAGUGAAGAUCAGCAAGAGACUGGAGUUUGCAAUGGAUAAGUGUUGUUUGUGAAGCCUGAUAUACGCAGUACAUAACACGUUGACCCAGAAUUGAACCCCUGCAAAAUUGCACCCCUACUGAAUGCUUUCUUUUUGUGUGUGGCAGCGGCGGGUGAAUAGAGGGAGUUGAGCUUUGGACUGCUGUAACAGCGGCCUGGUUAUACUCUGAGGAAGUAGGUAAUCACAUUGAUCGUUGAAUCUCAUCAAAUCCCUGUGUUCCUAUGGUUGAUCUGAUUGGAGAGAUGAAGUGGCUCAGAUAUGUGUGUGAUAUACAGUUGUUUUGUGACGAUGGGGAAGAGGAGAGAGGAGAUCAGCAGCGCCAAGAUUAUAGAGUUUGCAAUGGAUAAGAGCUCAAGAAACUCUGGUGCUAUUCGUUGGAUU